AUGGCAUCUGAGAAAGCGGUGGGAGUGCUUGGCGGAGGCCAACUCGGUCGCAUGCUGGUGGAAGCCGCAAACCUGCUAGAAAUCAAAGUCAACUUCCUCGACAAGCCCGGAUCACCCGCGAAGCAAGUCGCAAACCACGACGGACACGUCAAUGGCUCUUUUAAAGACCGACGGGCGAUACAGGAGCUUGCUAACCGUUCCGACGUGGUGACGGUGGAAAUUGAGCAUGUGGACACGGAAAUGCUCGAGGAGCUCUGUGAGCAGGUCGAUGUGCAGCCCAGCUGGAAGACGAUCCGGACGAUCCAGGACAAGUUUUUGCAGAAGUGGCAUCUGAAGAAGUAUGGAGUGGCGUCGGCGGAGAGUGUCGCGCUGGAGGAGCCGACGAUUAGGGAAUUGGAGAAGGUCAGUGGCGAGUUGGGACUGCCGUUGAUGUUGAAGACGAGGAAGGAUGCGUAUGAUGGACGAGGCAACUUUGCUAUCAAGACGAAGACGGAUUUCAAGCCUGCGCUGGAAGCACUGGGCGCGAAUCGCGAGCUGUACGCAGAGAAGUGGGCCAACUUCCGUAUGGAGCUGGCAGUCAUGGUGGUCAAGACGGAGAAUGAGGUGCUUUCAUUCCCAACAACAGAAACGAUCCACGAAGACAGCAUCUGCAAGCUCACAUACACUCCUGCAAGAGGUGUUAGUAAGGAGAUCAACAAGAAAGCUCAAGAACUGGCCAAACAUGCCGUCUCCUGCUUCUGGGGCAAAGGUGUCUUUGGCGUGGAAAUGUUCCUGCUCAUGAACGACGAGAUCCUCAUCAACGAAAUCGCACCGCGACCGCAUAACUCUGGACACUACACGAUCGAAGGCUGCCCCGUCUCCCAGUACGAAGCUCAUCUCCGCGCCAUCCUCGACCUACCGCUCCACCAAGAAGACCUCGAACUCCGCGAACCAAGCAUCAUGCUCAACAUCCUAGGCACCGAAGCACCCGACUCGCACCUCAUCGCCGCUCGCGAAGCCAUCAAGCAGCGCCGAACAAAAGUGCACCUCUACGGCAAAGGCACAGCAACCAAAGGCCGCAAAAUGGGCCACAUCACCGUCUGCGCCAAAACCAUGUCCGAAGCCGAACGCCUCAUCCAACCCAUGAUAGACCACGUCGACGCCGGCAAGCCCAAACCCACCCCGACCAUCUCCCGCGCCAACACCACCACCGCAGACUCAGAAACCACCGACUCCGCUCCCCAGCAAGAGUCCAACCCCCUCGUAGCAAUCGUAAUGGGCUCCGACUCCGACCUCCCCGUCCUCCAACCGGGCCUAUCGAUCCUCUCCAAAUUCGGCAUCCCCUACACCACCCGCAUAACCUCUGCCCACCGCACCCCAUCCUGGAUGGCCGAAUUCGCCACCAGCGCCAAAGACACCACCAUCCGCGUCAUCAUCGCCGCAGCCGGCGGCGCCGCUCACCUCCCCGGUAUGACAGCCGCCUACACGCCUCUCCCCGUCAUCGGCGUCCCCGUGAAGCCCAGUAUUGGAGAUGGCAUGGACUCGUUGCUGAGUAUCUGCAAUAUGCCGCGCGGCGUGCCUGUCGCGACGGUUUCCAUCAAUAAUAGCGUCAACGCGGCUCUCCUUGCGGCGAGAAUUCUUGGGAGCGCGGAUAUGGAGAUUCGACGGAGGGUGGAGACGUAUAUGGCUGAUUCUGAGAGGGAAGUGCGCGCGAAGGAUGAGAAGUUGGUGGAGAUUGGGGCGGAGGCGUAUGCGGAGCAGUAUUUGGGCAAAGCCCUCCCCCCCAUCCCCAUCGCGAACGCCAACACGAACAACAAAACAACCUCCUUCGCCGACGUCCCCGAGACAAAACGCUACAACAUCACCAGCCCCCCAAACGGAAUUGGAAGCCCCGGCCAUAGUCGGAGAUUCUCGCUCUUGAGGAGUAUCAGUAAGAGUAGUUCCAGAACAACAUCCUCGUCGAGGAGGAGUGAGGGUGGGAGUGGGAGUGGGAGUGGGAGUGAGAAGACGGUUUAG